AUGUCAAAAGCGAUACCCGCCAACACCGGCCCAAAUCAGGACCAUAUCCUAGGCUUUGCCCACCGCUAUAAUGACUUGAUGCUCGUUCGCGAUUCUACAGAUAAGCUCAUCGAGGGUCUCGAGCGUGCCCUGCAUCAGGAAACGGUCCGCUUCGAAGGCGAGCUGCGCAACUGCCGGCUCGACCUCGACGACGCCAACGCCUCCCGCCGCGAGCUCCAGCAGAAGCUGUCACAUACCGAGUCUGAAUUCAAUUCUCUAUAUAAGGAAAAAAAUACUUUCAAGGUGGGUAGCAUUGUACUGGUUGGUCGGUCGUCGUCCUCGUUGCGGUUGUUGCGCCGCCACUUUGGGCAGCGAUGCAUUGGCAUUUUCUCUGUGCAACACGGCAAAGGGACAGACGCAGCCGAAGGCGGCAAAAAGGCAGCCAACGCCCUCCGCGGUGCCGUUGCGAGGCAGUGGACCGACAAGAGCCAAGAUGUGCAAAUCAUCGCCAAGGUCGUCGCCAACUGUUCCGGUCUCGUCCGCACCCUCAACAGCCACGAUCUCCGUGACUUUGCCAUCGGUUUCACCCAGGGCCAUGCCGCCUUUGAUUUUGUCGACGUCGGCAGCCGCAAGGAGCGUCGCGCCGACCCCAAGAUUCGCGACAACACCCGCUGGCACCUUGGAAAUCAGAACUGCCAACAGAUUCUCCUUGGCGUCGGCCAUGACGCCGGAUACGCUGCCCUCCUCCAGGAACUGUUUCGCGCGGACCCCGCGGCCCGCGACCGCAUCAGCGUUAUCGAGGGUGGUGCUUCCGCCAUCGCGGCCGACAUCAGGGCCACCGGCGUCAACACGACACGUCUCGACAAGGACCUGUUCCGCGCUGACAAGCUCGUCGAGCGCACCUCGGCCUAUGCCGUGACCGCCAUCGGCCGCACCGCAAGCCCUGCCAACAGCGUUGCCUCGAGCGGUGCCGGCGCCGGCGGUGGUGCCGCGCCGAGCUCGUCGACGUUUUCGUACGCCAAUGCUAUCACCAAUGGCACGCCGCCACCGACCAUGAGUAUCCCGCUCGCGCCCAACAAGCCCAGCCCGCGCGCCAAAGCCAGCCCCUCGUCCUCCCCGAGCAGCAGCGCCUCGGCGCAGUACCAGACGAUUCCGCCGCAGCAGCCCGACUGGCACCCGGGCCCGCGCGGCCUCGACGAGCCCAUUGUCGUCAACGUGGCCGUCAUGGACGCCGUCAAGAGGCGCAAAGACGCGGACAAGCUGUGCAACAAUCAUUUCCUGCGCGGGCCCUGUGCCAAGGGCGACGGCUGCAACUUUGUGCACUCUUAUAAGCCCAACGCCGAGGAGAUCAACGCCAUUGCCGUCUUGGCCCGCCAAAAUCCGUGCACGCACCGCCAGGACUGCGAGAACUGGGAAUGUAUAUACGGACACCACUGCCCGAGUAUUAGAGAUGGAGUUUGCACCCAUCCCUAUUGUAAAUUCGACGCGGAUCAGCAUCCUCCUGGAACAAAAUUUACCUUGUCCAAGUCGUCCAACCGAUAA